AUGCCUAGACAAGAUGCGCCGGAUUAUGGGCCUUCCCUCUUGUCCAAAGGCUUUACCUUGAGGCCCUCACUGACACAUGGUAUUUCGACUCCCAUUGGAUUGACUUUCAGACUGUCCAGCGUGUAUGACAAUCAAAUGGAGGUAGUCAGAACGGUUUUCCUUUCUGAACAUGGCUUGGAUUCCUCUGGCGUGUCAGUAACCGUGCUUGCCCCAUAUCUCAAUGACUUCCCUAAGAAGAAGAAGAAGAAGAAGAAACUGGAGAGAAUGAAUAUCUACCUCAAUGACGCGAGAGGCAGAAAAUACAUUCCCCGCGAUCCUUCUCGACUUAAAGCCAGGGACGAUGCAAUGUGGAACGAGCAACAAUUGGGCCAAGGGCACUAUGCUGAAGGGGCCGACUUGGUAGAUCAAGUGACUGAUGCUAUUCGGAAAGAAGCAGAGAUAUGCGAUUGCAAUCAAGGUUUCCAGAUUGCCAAUUUGCUAGAUGGCGGGACGAGGCCCGGUAUGGGCACGCUUUUGAUUUCAAGAAUCAAAGAAGAGUUCCUCGAUCGAAUGAUGACCGCAUUCUAG